CGUUUUCGCUCUUCGCUCUGCAGGGAUGGACUCGCUGGACGUUCGGACAAGCCCUCUCCUCCGAAUUGAACUUAGCUCCCGCCUUCCAAUAAACAACGGGCCUCAACUGGCGAUUCGGCACCCUUCGACUCUCUUGCACUCGAAUUCGCACGACAAUGGCUUCCAGUUACGGGCUCGAGAAGGAGACAGCUGGCAGUCCUGCCCCAAAGGACAACGACGACAUCUCGAAGCUCGAAAACCCCGACAUCGACACUGGCGACUGUGCACUCGUCACUCUCGAAACUGGCGGUGGUGAUUACGCCUCCGAUCCUUACAUCUCGUUCCGCCGUGUGGAAGCCGUCAACGUCUGUGUUCGUGGCCUUGGUAUCGAGGUCGUCCGGAAACCCGCAGUUUCGAGGCUAUGGAGUCGGGAGAAGAAGAAGAAGAAUGAGAAGGAUGACGAAGAACAAGGCAAACGGGAGACGAAGAUUCUGGACAAUGUUUCGGCGGACAUGCCCGCGGGGCAGCUCAUGGCCAUUAUCGGCGGAAGUGGGAGUGGAAAGACGUCGUUGUUGAACGUCAUGGCACACCGCAUGCGAGGCCAAAAUCUCCAGAUAACCGGAACGACAACUUUCAACGAGUCCCAUAAACUUUCAAGCGUCCGCCACGCAUACGUAAUGCAACAGGACGUAUUGCUGCCACGACUGACGGUCCGGGAAACCCUUCAAUAUUCGGCCGAGCUACGCCUGCCGUCGGGAACAACCGCAGAGGAACGUGGGCGAGUGGUCGAGGAAAUCAUCCUACAACUGGGCCUCAAAGAGUGUGCCGAGACACCGAUUGGAGACAGUAUCCACAAGGGCUGUUCUGGGGGCGAGAAACGGCGGGUGUCAAUUGGUGUCCAGCUUCUAUCGAACCCAUCGGUUUUGUUUUUGGACGAGCCGACCACUGGACUGGACGCAACAUCAGCCUUUCAACUCGUCCGAACAUUGAAAAAUCUAGCAAAGAGAGGACGGACAAUAAUCACAACAUUGCACCAGCCGAGGUCCGAGAUCUGGGGCAUGUUCGAUAGGAUCACAUUGCUAGCCCGGGGAAACGUGUUAUGCAGUGGAAGUAUACAUUACGUUCCGGGAUACUUCGCAUCGUUGGGACAUCCUUUUCCAAACCACAUAUCACCGCCGGAUUUCCUCAUUGAUCUUGCAGCGAUCGAUUACCGCAGCCCGGAAGCUGAAUUCGAAUCGGUUAAAAGGAUAGAAUCCCUAACGGCAUCAUGGCGAGAGCACGAGCUUCAUGUUCUCACCUUCCAGAAGGAGACAGUCCCUUUGACAACCACCGUAUCAUCAAUUUCUGCUGUAGCAGAGUCUGAAGAAUUUGAUGAGGACAUUCAUGGAGGCGCAGCUAAACCAACAUUGUGGCGGCAAGUAUCAGUACUUACUAGGCGUACGUUUAAAACGACGUAUCGUGAUCCUAUGGGGCUCUCGGGCUGUCUGUUGGAAGCCAUUGUGAUGGGCUUCGUGGCGGGAUGGAUUUUCUACCAAACGGAUGGCUCACUAUCAGGGAUCAGAUCAAGGCAGGCGGCACUUUACAUGGCCGCCAGUCUCCAGGGGUACUUGAUUUUACUGUUCGAAACAUACCGUCUAUGCGAGGUCGAUAUCCGGGUCUUUGACAGAGAGCAUGGCGAAGGAGUAGUGGGGGUGUUUGCAUUUUUGGCCAGUCGACGAUUUGCCAAGAUUUUCACCGAAGAUAUCCCAGUGCCAUUCUUAUUCUCUGUCAUUUACUACUUCAUGUGUGGAUUCGACAAUGAUGCCGCACAAUACUUCACAUUCUUCGCUAUUAUCCUCGUCGCACAGUACUUGGCAAUAACAUUCGCUACCAUGUGUGUGGGCUUCUCGCGUAACUUUCCCGAAGCUUCUCUCAUUGGAAAUUUGGCGUACACGGUCCAGAGCAUGGCCUGUGGAUUUUUCAUCCAAGCGAAUACAAUCCCUGUGUAUGUCCGAUGGACCAAGUACAUCAGUUACAACUGGUACUCUUUGGGAGCAUUAAUGGCGAACGAAUUCACUGAUUCGUUUUACGACUGCCCUCUUGAAGGUGGCCGUGAAAAUUCUGGCUGCCUCGAAUACGAUGGAAACUAUGUUCUGAGGUUAUUGGACUUCCCCAGAAAUUGGAUCAGAACACCAAUUUUAAUCGGCCUUGCCUGGUUGUGCGGCUUCUACAUCAUUGCAGGACUGCUAUUUCAAUUCUUCACUGUCGAUAUGAAUGUUUCCUCAGUCAAAAUCAACGAUGACAAAGACCGGUCAGCAGGAAAGGAGAAGCUGUCUACCGCAGAGAAUUUGCAAACUCAUAGGGUGGAUGUCGUUCUCGACGACUACAAGCUCACAUUGAAUAAACCUGGUUUCUUUGGCAAAGGAAAGAUGGAGCUCGAGAUACUUAAAGGGGUUUCAACCAGGUUCGAAGCUGGAAAACUGAACGUUAUAAUGGGACCGUCUGGAAGCGGUAAGAGUUCAUUGCUCAAUCUGAUGGCACGGCGCCUACAUAGCUCCUUUACGGCCCGGUAUAGUUCCUCGGGACGCAUGCUAUUCAACGGAUCAUCACCUUCCGCUUCGGUGAUUCGAUCUUUAUGCUCGUAUGUCACGCAAGACGACGAUGCGUUGCUGCCAUCGUUGACAGUACGAGAGACCCUUCGAUAUGCCGCCGCAUUGCGAUUGCCUAGCACAAUGUCCGCUGCGGAUAAGAAGCGCAGAGCAGAAGAGAUCAUUCUCAAGAUGGGAUUGCGAGAUUGCGCGGAUAUAAUCAUUGGCAGCGAGUUUCUAAAGGGGAUAUCCGGUGGACAGAAGCGACGAGUAUCUAUUGCUGUUCAGAUUCUGACAGAACCAAAGAUCCUACUCCUCGAUGAGCCGACAUCUGGAUUGGAUGCAUUCACCGCUGGCUCCAUCCUGAACGUCCUUCGAGGUCUCGCCGAUGAAGGUCGUACAGUGAUCUGUACAAUCCAUCAAAGCCGGAGUGAUUUGUUCGAGAAGUUCGGCAAUGUUCUCCUCCUAGCCAGGGGAGGUUUUACGGUGUACUCUGGGAAAGCCGCGCAGAUGCUGCCAUACUUCUCAUCCUUAGGACAUGAAUGUCCGAAGAACUGCAACCCCGCGGACUUUUGCCUGGAUAUUGUGACGGUGGACCUGCAGCAUGAAGAUCGCGAAGCGAAGAGUCGUAUCAAGGUCCAAAAUCUGAUCUCCCGGUUCUGUCAUGCAGAUGCAUUGGCGGGCGACGGCGGAAACGAGAGCGGAAACCUGAGUAUUUCUCUUCCCGCAGAGCUCGGACAGAUGAGGCGGGACAUGGCGCCAUUAUAUGUCGCAUAUCCUAUUCUUAUGAGGAGGAGUCUGCUCAAUAUCAGAAGACAGCCCCCGCUCAUCGUGGCCAGAAUCAUGCAGGUCCUGGGACUGGGUAUCAUAAACUGUCUCUUCUUUGCACCCCUCAAGAGUGACUAUUAUGCCGUACAGAACCGCAUGGGAUUUGUCCAGCAGUUCACUUCACUUUACUUUGUUGGCCUUCUGCAGAACAUUGCGAUCUAUCCCUACGAACGAGACGCUUUCUAUAAGGAGAAUGACGACCGGGCGUACAGUACAACAUCAUUCUUUCUCGCGUACACAGUCUGCGAGGUACCAUUCGAAAUUAUCAGCUGUCUCCUCUUUUCCCUCCUCGCCGAUCUAGCCGUGGGACUGCCUAGAACACCCGAACUGUUUUUUCUGGUAUCAGCCGUCGUCCUAUGCAUAACAAAUUGUGGCGAGUCACUCGGCAUAAUUUUCAAUACCUUCUUCCAACACACCGGGUUCUCCAUCAAUGUCACUUCCACGAUUCUCAGCGUCGGAGUGGUCAUGUCCGGAAUCAUGAGCACAGACAUGCCCGCCUUUCUGGAUGGAAUAAACUACAUCAGCCCGGUCAAAUAUGCGGUGCAGUGUUUGGUGCCCGCCUCUCUCAAGGGAAUCAAGUUCACUUGCGAGGACUGGCAAAAGCUACCCAGCGGACGGUGCCCGGUGGAGAAUGGCGACGAUGUAAUGAGACUAUAUGGUAUGGAGGGCUAUACGCCAUGGAAGAAUCUGAUCAUCAUGCUUGGAAUUACGGUGAUUUACCGGCUGGUGGCGUAUUUGGUGGUGCUUGCGAAGAGGUCACAAUGGGGGAUGGGAAAGAGUACGGGAGGAUGAUCAUAAUAGCGGCGGUGGAUAUGGGAAGGUACAUUGUAAUGGUUUUAGUUACCACAUCGAGAUUUAAAGGAGAAUCGGAAAGGGUACGGGAGGGGGAGCAUAGAGAGAUGGACAUGAGAAGGCAAUGGUUUUAUUCACCUAUUACAACUAGAUUCAAAUACCAUCUCUAUUUUGAAACCCCA